AGUAGGAGAGAGUACUGCCUGUGCUGAUUUAUACCUCUCAGCUUCCUUCCAGGAGAUGCAGAUUAGGUUAAGUGAUUGAAUGAUCUCUGUGUUGAAAGCAUUGGAAGAAAAGUUGAUUUUCCUUGGAUGAAGCACCCUGGGAAGUUACUUUCUGCAAGAGGAUGACCAUACAGACUGUGAAGGCAGUAUAUCCCAGCUCACUGUACGGGAUUUAGGGAAGCAUGUAGUAAACAUUAAUCUGAAGGGGACGUGGCUAGCUGUCUUCCUUAGUCUCAGCCUUCCUCGAUUUGUCCAUCAGAAAGUAGCACUGCUUCAAAGAGUGACUUCAGGUUAAUGACUCGGGAAAAGCGACCCUCGUUCAGCACUUCCUAAUGCAGCCCCCUUUGGAUCAAAGCUCCUCCCAUGCCUUGCAGAGAAGUAGAGCUUAUUCAGCCUCUGCAGCCACACGCUGUCCUCCUGCAAUGGCUCCUCCUCCCCUCCCACCCUUGGGUGGAUCCAGAGAAGGGAAAAACUUGACAAUAGUUAGCAAGCAGCAGAGCUCUGAAGAACUAUUGCAGAAGCAUGUCUAACUAGGCUGGGUAGCAGUCAUUCUAUCCUCCCCAAGGGUGCCGGUGCCGCUGAGUGCAGGAGAGGAUGGUUUCAGCCUUGGGAGCCAGGAAAAAUCUGAGAAGAAAUGAGCAGACGAGAGACCUGGCAUUCCUUGGGCAGCUUGAAAGAGAGGUGAGGUGUCUGAAUCAGCGCAAGAUUAAAUGAGCACUGGCUGCUGCCAUGUUGGCAGAACAGAGCUGUUCAGAGGCAGUUGGACAAGUCUGUGGCUGAGCCGGUUCAUCCACUGUUGAAGAUGGGAAGUUACUUGUCAGCCCCUGCUUACUUCGCUCCCAAGGAUCCCUUUCGGUGUUCUGAAUGCCAGGAUCCCCUCACUAACUGGUACUAUGAGAAAGAUGGGAAGCUGUACUGCCACAAAGACUACUGGGGGAAGUUUGGGGAAUCUUGCCAUGGCUGCUCUCUGCUGAUGACUGGACCUGUGAUGGUGGCUGGAGAAUACAAGUAUCACCCUGAGUGCUUUGCCUGUAUGAGCUGCAAAGUGAUCAUUGAGGAUGGGGACACUUAUGCACUGGUGCAGCAUUCCACUCUCUACUGUGGAAAAUGCCAUAACCAGAUUGUGCUGACACCGAUGAUAGAAAAACAUUCCACUGAGUCUCUGCGCGAGCAGCUGCCUUAUACAUUGACACUCAUCUCCAUGCCAGCAGCUACUGAUGGCAAGAGGGGCUUCUCCGUGUCUGUUGAGGGCGGCUGCUCCAGUUAUGCCACUGGCGUCCAAGUGAAGGAAGUUAACAGGAUGCACAUCAGCCCAGAUGUCCGAAAUGCCAUCCACCCUGCAGAUCGUAUCCUGGAAAUUAACGGAGCUCCCAUUCGUACGUUACAGGUGGAGGAGGUGGAGGACUUGAUUCGCAAGACAAGCCAGACGCUGCAGCUGCUGAUAGAGCAUGACCCUGUCUCACAGCGCUUAGACAGGCUGCGGUUGGACUCGCGGCUUCCCACCCACAUAAAGUCCCCCAUCUCUCCCCACUCCAUCUCCCCACUGGACAUCAAGGAGAAUCUGGAAGGAACGCUCCGCCGACGAUCCCUCAGGCGAAGCAACAGCAUUUCUAAGUCUCCUGGCCCCAGUUCUCCAAAGGAGCCCCUCCUCCUGAGCCGCGACAUCAGUCGCUCUGAAUCUCUACGUUCCUCUUCUAGCUGCUCCCAGCAAAUCUUCCGGCCAUGUGAUCUCAUUCAUGGAGAAGUACUAGGAAAAGGAUUUUUUGGACAAGCAAUCAAGACAAAUAACAGGUCCAGUUGUGGUUUCUGUUUCCAUCAGGUGACUCACAAAGCAACAGGAAAGGUGAUGGUGAUGAAGGAGCUGAUUCGCUGUGAUGAGGAAACGCAGAAGACUUUUUUGACAGAGGUGAAAGUGAUGCGCAGCCUGGAUCACCCCAAUGUGCUGAAGUUCAUUGGUGUACUUUACAAGGACAAGAAGCUCAAUCUCCUCACUGAGUACAUCGAGGGUGGCACCCUGAAGGACUUCCUCCGCAAUGCGGACCCGUUUCCCUGGCAGCAGAAGGUCAGCUUUGCCAAAGGAAUUGCCUCUGGAAUGGCUUACCUGCACUCCAUGUGCAUCAUUCACAGAGACCUGAAUUCACAUAACUGCUUAAUCAAGUUGGAUAAGACAGUGGUGGUGGCUGACUUUGGACUGUCUCGGCUGAUUGUGGAGGAAAGAAAAAAGCCCACUCUGGAGAAGCCAUCUGCCAAGAAACGAACCCUGCGGAAGAGUGACAGGAAGAAGCGCUACACAGUGGUUGGCAACCCGUACUGGAUGGCCCCAGAGAUGCUAAAUGGACAGAGCUAUGAUGAGACAGUGGACAUCUUUUCAUUUGGGAUAGUUCUUUGUGAGAUCAUAGGCCAGGUUUAUGCUGACCCAGACUGUCUUCCACGCACACUGGAUUUUGGCCUUAAUGUUAAGCUGUUCUGGGAAAAAUUUGUUCCUGCUGACUGUCCUCCAGCCUUUUUCCCUCUGGCUGCCAUUUGCUGUAGACUGGAACCAGAGAGCAGGCCCCCUUUUUCCAAGCUUGAAGAUUCCUUUGAAGCUCUCUCCCUCUACUUGGGAGAACUUGCCAUCCCCCUCCCAUCUGAGCUGGAGGAGCUGGACCACAACGUGAGUGUGCAGUACGGACUGAACCGUGACAAGUUACCUGAAAACACAACCUAGUCAGCUCGUUCUGCUGCCUGCAUCACUUCUGCUGGAGUUGAGCAACAGGGAGGGAGAUGCACUUCAGCCACUUCAGGGCAUUAACAGGGCACCAUGCUGUGCAUUCGCUGCAUUGCCUCUCUCUCCCCACCCAGUGCCCUCCUCUCAGACAUCCUGAUUCACUGUGGAUUUCUGGCAUGUUUCAGAAGCAAAAAGGACUGUUUCCUGCCAACUGCACCUCUGAAAGCUGCUCAACACUAUUUUUCUGGCUUGAGAAAUGCUUCUCUGGCCUUUUCAGGCUUCUUUACUGUGGUGCCUUAGAACUUGGCUGCAAGCUGUGAAGCCACUCUGGCCCAUCAGCCAGGGAGGUAACUGCUAUAGGAAACUCUCCUGGGCAAGGACCACCACUUCUGGAACUGCUUCUCCCACUGACUGCCCUGCUCAGAAAGUUGGGAAAAUUGGACAUCUGGCAAAAGACCCAAACAGGACUGUGUGUGUGUGUGUGUGCGUGUAUAUGUUUGUGCCUGUGUUUUCCAGAACAGCCCACUGACAUUUGACAUUGAGGUUGGGAGUGUAAACAAGCCUAGGAACUGGGCAGCUCUCACGGGGAAGCAUGUAUGCAUUUUUGUUUUGAGGUUUUUUUUGUGGGUUUUUUCUUCCUCUGCCUUUGAAUACCUCUGAAAGCCCACCUAGAAACACUAAGACUGAGCUCUACCUGCCCCACUGCAUGGGCAGCCAGAAAAUGAGCUUGUUAAGCAUUUUCAGACUCUGACCCUGUACAGUAAGUCUGCCUGCCCAAGGACCUUACCCCAGGUGAGAGCAUUUGAACCUGAAUGUGUAGAACUGCACUAGACAAUGGCUGUGAGCAUCCUUGGAAAGGCAAAGCUGCUGGAACUUCUCAGCCUGUGGAAAUGAGGUGACAGGAUGGCAGAAGGUGCUCUUCGGAAAGGUAAAGGCCUGAAGUGGCUCACACUUUGUGCAUAGAUGAUGAUAAAGUGAGAUGUGGCCAAGGCUACUUAAAGGAUGAACUUGUAAGUAAACAGAAGAGUGAUGGAGACUGCCCCAUCUCACUAGGAGUAGCAGCUGGAAAACUAAUCAUUCAGUUGCCAUUACCUUAUCCUUCCCUGCAAGUUGCUCCCUUUGAAGGUUCUUGCAACUGCUGCUGCUGCAGCACCUAGGCUGAUUGUCCGAGCAGAAACUUUCCUUGGGGUCAUUCCCUGCUUUGGGGAGAAAAAAAAGAGCUUGGAGUCAUUGAGAGGUGAAGUAUUUCUUCCUUCAGAUGGAGAAGGAAGAAAGCUACUGCUUCAGUGGUGGCCUAAUGUGGUUGUCAGAACCAAACAAAAGGUUUUGCUCAGAAGUUCUACAAACCUCUUGGUGUAACUUGAUUUUUUUAGUGUGUUUCUUUCUCCCUGCACCUCCCCAACCCUUCAGUACUGAACUGUGGGAUGUGAGUGUGAAGUCUUUUCUGUUAGCUUCAUUUCACCCCACCCCCCUCAUGCUUACCCAUGAGUUCAAAAUAUUCUGUACAAUUACAUGGGACCAGUCAGCACCUGACACAAGGUGUGUGUGUUGGGGUUGUUUGUAGUCCAUGUAGUGGUGUUUUAGAAACACGCAGGGCUCCUUGCACUUUGAGUCAGUGGAAGAGCCUCUCUAAACUGAGUCCAGUGGAUUCAGGAUUGUUAAUAGGAUUUGUCCUUUCCUCGCCCUCCCCCAAGGCUGGAUUUGAGGGGACCUCGAAGGGAAGAGUCCUAGGUAAUGUGUGGGUGAGAUUUAUGAACUGUGAUUUGCACAGCUCCACAUUCUAACUAAAUUAAAAAAAAAAACAACAGUACAUGUAUGCUGUGGAAACAAGAUUGUGUUGUCUGUGUAAAAAUGUAAUAAAGCAGGAAACUGC